CGACAGGCUUUUUUAUUUUUCUCCAUCGUUACAGGUAAUGUGACACUCAACGUUUCUCUCAAUCUCUCCCUCUCCGCCGUUCACGUUUUCUCUCAAUUCUUUCCCAGAGAGAUAGAAACAGAAACCACCGGAGAUUCUGAGUCACUCACGUCCUCAAUCUCCGUUACUGUGAAAACAAAACAAAUAAAAAAUUCGAAUUUUUCAUUUUCUUGAGAAUUAGAAAGUAGGAUUAUUUUAAUGGUGGGGUUUUCGAGGCAAGAGAGAGAGAGUGAGAGAGAUACAAAAAGGAUGAGUUUUCAGGAUUUAGAGGCGGGAAGAGGGAGAUCAUUAGCUUCUUUAAUGAACAUCAAUGGUGGUGGUCGACAAGAUACGACUCAAGCUGUUGCUUCAGGUGUCUUUCAAAUCAAUACAAGUGUUUCUACUUUCCAUCGUCUUGUCAACAGUCUUGGUACUCCUAAAGACACCCUUGAGCUUCGUGACAAGCUGCGCAAGACGAUAUUACAUAUCGGACAGCUUGUGAAAGAUACGUCGGCUAAACUUAAAAAAGUCAGUGAAACUGAUCAUGAGAGAGGUGUUGAUCAAAGGAAGAAGAUUGUGGAGGUUGCAAAAGACUUUCAAGCUGUAUUGAAUGAGUUCCAAAAGGCUCAGCGUCUAGCUGCUGAAAGAGAAACUGUGUAUGCUCCUCUUGUCCACAAGCCAUCUCUUCCCUCAAGCUAUAGAGCCAGUGAGGCAUAUGUGAAUGCAGAGAAGGAUCCUAGGCAGCAGGCUCUUCUUUUGGAAUCAAAAAGACAAGAACUUGCACUUUUGGACAAGAAGAUUGCGUUUAAUGACGCUAGUAUUGAGGAUAGAGAGCAAAAGAUACAAGCAAUGCAGCAGAAAAUUGGCGAGGUGCAUGAAAUCUUCAAAGACAUGGGAGUGUUGGUACACAAUGAAGAAGCCAUGAUUGAUGAGAAUGCAGAGAAGUAUCCAGAGCAGCAGGUUCUUCUUUUGGAAUCAAAAAGACAAGAACUUGCACUUUUGGACAAGAAGAUUGCGUUUAAUAACGCUAGUAUUGAGGAAAGGGAGCAAAAGAUACAAGAAAUGCAGCAGACAAUUGGCGAGGUGCACGAAAUCUUCAAAGACAUGGCAGUGUUGGUACACAAUGAAGAAACCAUAAGUGAAGAGAUUGAUACUCGCAUGAGUCGCAUCCAUAACUAUCUCGCUAGAGCCUCCAAGACUCAACGAUCAAAUUCUUCACUGGCUUGCUUGCUCUUGGUAAUUUUUGGUAUCGUGCUCCUGAUUGUCAUUGUAGUGCUCGCGGUUUGGUUUUUCACAACUCAUGAACGUAUGGACAAGUGGCCCAUAAUCUAUCAAGAAGUAUAAUGAGCGUAUGUUUGUCACUUAAUAGUGCUCAUGCAAGGAUUGAACUAUUUUUCUUUUGUCCCUUAAUAUAGAGCAUUUUGGUUUGGUUUCAGUUUCAGUAAUAUAGAGC